AUGAUCUACGAGGAGACCCGUGGUGUCCUCAAGACCUUCCUCGAGGGUGUUAUCCGCGACGCCGUCACCUACACUGAGCACGCCAAGCGCAAGACCGUCACCUCCCUCGACGUUGUCUACGCUCUGAAGCGCCAGGGCCGUGAGUCAUCCCACUGUCUCUUCUCGUCUCAUCCAGUCACUGACAUUGCUUCUCAGGUACCCUCUACGGUUUCGGUGGUUAAGCGUUUCUUCUUUUCUUCUUCAUGGGUUCUACGACUGCUCUACUGGCCGCAUCAUUCAUCCAGCGGACCAGGAUCGUUAUCAAUCAUCAUCAAUGGGUUAUCGGGAUGGGAAGUGUGUUAA